CCAGAGCUGCUGAGCCGGUCUCAGAGUAGAGUCCUGGAGAAGCUGGAGGUGAUUCCACAACACACAGGUCCAGUUACUGCUGCGAGGUAUGACGUCAUCCGACGAUACCUCACCAAGGUGAAUAACACACUGUACUGUACUGUAGGGCCACAGCUGUCGAGGGCAGCAGACUGAUAUGGUCACCAGCUUUAUGGCCGGUGUACCUAAUUGUGUUUCGACAUGACAUGCUAACAGAUUGUGACCAUUGGUGUGUAGGACUGUGGGCUUAAUAAUAAUAAUAAUAUUCCACUUAGCAGACGCUUUUAUCCAAAGCGACUUACAGUCAUGCAUGCAUAAUUUUUUUUUUGUGUGUAUGGGUGGUCCCGGGGAUCGAACCCACUACCUUGGCGUUACAAGCGCCGUGCUCUACCAGCUUGCUAGAUGAUUCUUCUUCUUCCUCUCUUCUCCAUCAUCAUCAUCAUCCUCCCUGUCCUUCUCCAGGCCUGUGAGACCCCCCUCCACCCUCUGGGAUGGUUACUGGAGACCCUGGUGACGGUGUACAGGAUGACCUAUAUAGGGGUAGGGUCUAACAGAAGGUUGCUACAACAGGCUGUGGAAGAGAUCAAGUCCUACCUCAGACGCAUCUUCCAGCUGGUCAGGUAGGCGCACUAGAGGUUGUAUCACUGUCUAAACUGAUGCCCCCAGUAUAGAGAUAGAUUAAGAUAGGCUCCACAUGCAUCACACAGUACAGUACCGGGGGGAAGCAACAUUGUCACUAUGAGGAUUUUCACUCUACCGAACCAAACCAAGCCGAACCAAACCAAGCUGUACUGAGCUGGCCCGGUUGGUUACUCAUCCACCAUAGCACCAAUACCGUGCUGGAAAAAGGACAAUGUGAAAUAGAAAAUAUUUCCGAGGCAGGCGCAGUUUUGUUUGGGCCGGUGCGGGAGAAAGAGGAAUAUCUGUAUACACUGUUGUCUAAGGACAGCACCUGAGUGACAUGCUCUCACCUCACCCUCUGUGGGUUAUACAGGCUUCUGUUCCCUGACCUCCCUGAUGAGGGGGUUGUGAUCCACACUGACCCCAAAGGAUCCUCAGAGACAAACCAGCAAGGGUGAGUCUACACUGUCUACGGCGCCCUCUACAGAUCCAGUCAUGGUACUGCAUUCCAAUAGGAUAGAUGUUACAUUACAUUAUAUAGAGCAUGGCUUCGUUAGUGUUUACUGUCACACACACACACACACGCACACACACACACACACACACACACACACACACACACAGACGCACACGCACACACACACACACACACACACAGACGCACACGCACGCACACACACGCACACACAGACACACACACACACACACACACACACACACACACACACACACACACACACACACACACACACAGACACACACACAGACACACACACAGACACACACACACACGCACACACAGACGCACACGCACGCACGCACACGCACACACACACACACACACACACACACACACACACACACACACACACACACACACACACACACACACACAGCUGAAUAAUAUUUUUGGACCAGCAAAGAUCCAACAAACAACAUUUUUGGCAUGACUACCUAGAAAAGGGUGUCUGUCUUGGUCAGAUCAGUCAUUCAGUCAGCUUCCUGUAUUCAGACUUCUUCGUUCUGUAAUUAAUAUCAUAUGAUUAGUCUUCUUCCUCUUUGUGUGUAUCCCUCCCUGCCCUACCUUUCCACCCUCUGUGUGUGUGUGUGUGUGCGUGUGUUUGUGUGUGUGUGUGUACGCACGUUUGUGUGUGUUUGUGUUUGUGUGUGUGUGCGUAUGUGUUUGUGUGUGUGUGCGUGUGUUUGUGUGUGCGUGUGUUUGUGUGUGUGUGUGCGUGUGUGCGUGUGUGCGUGUGUGUGUGUGUACGCACGUUUGUGUGUGUUUGUGUGUGUUUGUGUACGCGCGUUUGUGUGUGUGUGUGCGUGUGUUUGUGUGUGUGUACGCGCGUGUGCGUGUGUUUGUGCGUGUGUGUGUGUGUGCGUGCGUGUGUUUGUGUGUGCGUGUGUGUGUGCGUGUGUGUGUGUGCGCGUGUUUGUGUGUGUGUGUGUGUGUGUGUGUGUGUGUGCGUGCGUGUCGCUCCCUACCUCUCCUCUAUGGUAGCUGGUUGGUGAGUAGCUCCACUCUGCUGCUGCCCGUCCUGCUGCCGCGGCUGUACCCUCCUCUGUUCACCCUGUAUGCCCUGGACAAGGAGAGAGAGGAGGAGGUGUACUGGGACUGUGUCCUGAGGCUCAACAAACAGGCUGACCUGGGCCUGCUGGCCUUCCUGGGGGUCCAACAGUAAGUUAUGGCUAAAUACUGAGGCACAAGCACCCUCAAAUACACACGUGCACACUAGGCGUAUAUACCAUAUACCGGGGUAUUUGGAAAUAGCUUACGGGAUGUUUUUUUUCAAUACCGUUGAAACUAUUUGUUUUUAAGUUUUUUCAAUGAAUUUGAAUAUUUGUAGCUACUUUUUAAGUUAAUACCUCCAGUCAACUUGUGCAAUCCGUUAGGAGAUGAAGCAGAUCGCGUUCUUCAUUUCACCUGUCACAUAAUUUCACAUUAUGAAGUUUACCGUAGUUCCCCAGAACAGUUUACAUUUAUAGUUCAUUCGGAAAGUAUUCAGACCCCUUGACUUUUUCCAAAUUUUGUUACAUUACAGCCUUAUUCUAAAAUUGAUUAAAUUGUUAUUUUUCCCUCGUCAAGCAAAAACAGGGUUUUAGACAUUUUUGCACAUUUAUUAACAAUAAAAAACUGAAAUAUUACAUUUACAUAAGUAUUCAGACCCUUUACUCAGUACUUUGUUGAAGCACCUUUGGCAGUGAUUACAGCCUUGAGUCUUCUUGGGUAUGACGCUACAAGCUUGGUACACCUGUAUUUGGGGAGUUUCUCCCAUUCUUCUCUGCAGAUCCUCUCAAGCUCUGUCAGGUUGGAUGGGGAGCGUUGCUGCACAGCUAUUUUCAGGUCUCUCCAGAGAUGUUCAAUCGGGUUCAAGUCCUGGCUCUGGCUGGGUCACUCAAGGACAUUCAGAGACUUUUCCCGAAGCCACUCCUGCAUUGUCUUGGCUGUGUGCUUACGGUCGUUGUCCUGUUGGAAGGUGAACCUUCGCCCCAGUCUGAGCUCCUGAGCGCUCUGGAGCAGGUUUUCAUCAAGGAUCUCUCUGUACUUUGCUCUGUUCAUCUUUCCCUCGAUUCUGACUAGUCUCCCAGUCCCUGUGGCUGAAAAACCUCCCCACAGCAUAAUGCUGCCACCACCAUGCUUCACCGUAGGGAUGGUGCCAGGUUUCCUCCAGAUGUAACGCUUGGCAUUCAGGCCAAAGAGUUCAAUCUUGGUUUCAUCAGACCAGAGAAUCUUGUUUCUCAUGGUCUGAGAGUCCUUUAGGUGCCUUUUGGCAAACUCCAAGCGGGCUGUCAUUGCCUUUUACUGAGGAGUGGCUUCCUUCUGGCCACUCUACCAUAAAGGCCUGAUUGGUGGAGUGCUGCAGAGAUGGUUGUCCUUCUAGAAGUUUCUCCCAUCUCCACAUAGGAACUCUGGAGCUCUGUCAGAGUGACCAUCGGGUUCUUGGUCACCUCUCUGACCAAGGCCCUUCUCCCCCGAUUGCUCAGUUUGGCCAGGCGGCCAGCUCUAGGAAGAGUCUUGGUGGUUCCAAACUUCUUCCAUUUAAGAAUGAUGGAGGCCACUGUGUUCUUGGGGACCUUCAAUGCCGCAGAAAUGUUUUGUUACCCUUUGUGCCUCGACACAAUCCUGUCUCGGAGCUCUACGGACAAUUCCUUCGACCUCAUGGCUUGGUUUUUGCUCUGACAUGCACUGUCAACUGUGGGGCCUUAUAUAGACAGAUGUGUGCCUUUCCAAAUCAUGUCCAAUCAAUUGAAUUUGCCACAGGUGGACUCCAAUCAAGUUGUAGAAACAUCUCAAGGAUGAUCAAUGGAAACAGGAUGCACCUGAGCUCAAUUUUGAGUCUCAUAGCAAAGGGUCUGAAUAGUUAUGUAAAUAAGGUAUUUCUGUUAUUUAUUUUUAAAUUAGCAAAAAAAUCUAAAAUCCUGUUUUCGCUUUGUCAUUAUGGGGUAUUCUGUGUAGAUUGAUGGGGAUUUUAUUUUUAUUUAAUCCAUUUUAGAAUAAGGCUGUAACGUAACAAAAUAUGGAAAAGUAAAGGGUCUGAAUACUUUCGGAAUAUCCAGAGCGACUUACAAUUGGUGCAUUCAUCUUAAGAUAGCUAGGUGAGACAGCAACACAUCACAAUCGUAUGAAGAACCUAUUUAACUGAACAAAGUAUUUAUCAGCAAAGUCAGUGCUAGUAAAAAAAAAAAAAAAAAAACUCAAUCAAGUGCUGACCGCAUUACCUCCCUAGAGAAUUAUCUUUGGUCACAGCCGUGUAUAUUCCCCCUCAAGCCACGACGCCUCUCAAGGCUGCAUUUAUUGUAGCUGGGGACUUUAACCUCUACGGCAUCGGUAUAUGGAACGGUUGAGCUAACGUGCGCGUAUGUGAUUAGCAUGACUGUUGUAAGUAACAGCAACCUUUCAAGGACAUAGACAUGUCUUAUAUGGGCAGAAAGCUUACAUUCUUGUUAAUCUAACUGCACUGUCUAAUUUACAGUAGCUAUUACAGUAAAAUAAAGACCAUGCUAUUGUUUGAGGAGAGUGCACAACAACACAAAAUGUAUCACGGCAACUGGCUUGAAACAUUCACCUCUGAAGGUAAAUAAUGUACUUACAGUGGGGGAAAAAAGUAUUUAGUCAGCCACCAAUUGUGCAAGUUCUCCCACUUAAAAUGAUGAGAGAGGCCUGUAAUUUUCAUCAUAGGUACACGUCAACUAUGACAGACAAAAUGAGAAAGACAUUUCCAGAAAAUCACAUUGUAGGAUUUUUAAUAUAUAUGGCAUUUAGCAGACGCUUUUAUCCAAAGCGACUUACAGUCAUGUGCGCAUACAUUUUUACGUCCUGGGGAUCAAACGCACUACCCUGCUGUUACAAGCGCCAUGCUCUACCAAUUGAGCUACAGAGGAAUGAAUUUAUUUGAAAAUUAUGAUGGAAAAUAAGUAUUUGGUCAAUAACAAAAGUUUCUCAAUACUUUGUUAUAUACCCUUUGUUGGCAAUGACACAGGUCAAACGUUUUCUGUAAGUCUUCACAAGGUUUUCACACACUGUUGCUGGUAUUUUGGCCCAUUCCUCCAUGCAGAUCUCCUCUAGAGCAGUGAUGUUUUGGGGCUGUCGCUGGGCAACACGGACAUUCAACUCCCUCCAAAGAUUGUCUAUGGGGUUGAGAUCUGGAGACUGGCUAGGCCACUCCAGGACCUUGAAAUGCUUCUUACGAAGCCACUCCUUCGUUGCCCGGGCGGUGUGUUUGGGAUCAUUGUCAUGCUGAAAGACCCAGCCACGUUUCAUCUUCAAUGCCCUUGCUGAUGGAAGGAGGUUUUCACUCAAUCUCACGAUACAUGGCCCCAUUCAUUCUUUCCUUUACACGGAUCAGUCGUCCUGGUCCCUUUGCAGAAAAACAGCCCCAAAGCAUGAUGUUUCCACCCCCAUGCUUCACAGUAGGUAUGGUGUUCUUUGGAUGCAACUCAGCAUUCUUUGUCCUCCAAACACGACGAGUUUAGUUUUUACCAAAAAGUUAUAUUUUGGUUUCAUCUGACCAUAUGACAUUCUCCCAAUCCUCUUCUGGAUCAUCCAAAUGCACUCUAGCAAACUUCAGACCGGCCUGGACAUGUACUGGCUUAAGCAGGGGGACACGUCUGGCACUGCAGGAUUUGAGUCCCUGGCGGCGUAGUGUGUUACUGAUGGUAGGCUUUGUUACUUUGGUCCCAGCUCUCUGCAGGUCAUUCACUAGGUCCCCCCGUGUGAUGCUCACCGUUCUUGUGAUCAUUUUGACCCCACGGGGUGAGAUCUUGCGUGGAGCCCCAGAUCAAGGGAGAUUAUCAGUGGUCUUGUAUGUCUUCCAUUUCCUAAUAAUUGCUCCCACAGUUGAUUUCUUCAAACCAAGCUGCUUACCUUUUGCAGAUUCGGUCUUCCCAGCCUGGUGCAGGUCUACAAUUUUGUUUCGGGUGUGCUUUGACAGCUCUUUGGUCUUGGCCAUAGUGGAGUUUGGAGUGUGACUGUUGUGUCUUUUGUGGACAGGUGUCUUUUAUACUGAUAACAAGUUCAAACAGGUGCCAUUAAUACAGGUAACGAGUGGAGGACAGAGGAGCCUCUUAAAGAAGAAGUUACAGGUCUGUGAGAGCCAGAAAUCUUGCUUGUUUGUAGGUGACCAAAUACUUAUUUUCCACCAUAAUUUGCAAAUAAAUUCAUUAAUUAAUAAAUUCCAAAAUCCUACAAUGUGAUUUUCUGGAGAAAAAAAAUCUCUAUUUGUCUGUCAUAGUUGACGUGUACCUAUGAUGAAAAUGUCAGGCCUCUCUCAUCUUUUUAAGUGGGAGAACUUGCACAAUUGGUGGCUGACUAAAUACUUUUUUUCCCCACUGUAUAAAAUAUAUUUUGAUUUGUUUAACACUUUUUCGGAUAAUACAUGAUUCCAUAUGUGUUAUUUCAUUGUUUUGAUGUCUUCACUAUUAUUCGACAAUGUAGAAAAUAGUAAACAUUAAGAUAAACCCUGGAAUGAGUAGGUGUGUCCAAACUUUUGACUGGUACAGUAUGUAAGAAUGCUGUUCAUUGACUAUAGCUCAGCAUUCAACAUCAUAGUACCCUCCAAGCUCAUCAUUAAGCUCGGGGCCCUGGGUGUGAACCCCGCCCUGUCCAACUGGGUCCUGGACUUCCUGACGGGCCGCCCCCAGGUGGUGAAGGUAGACAACAACACCUCCACUACGAUGAUCCUCAACACUGGGGCCCCACAAGGGUGCGUGCUCAGCCCCCUCCUGUACUCCCUGUUCACCCACGACUGCGUGGCCAAGCACGCCUCCAACUCAAUCAUCAAGUUUGCAGACGACACAACAGUAGUAGGCCUGAUUACCAACAAUGACGAGACCGCCUACAGGGAGGAGGUGAGGGCCCUGGCGGAGUGGUGCCGGGAAUAUAACCUCUCCCUGAAUGUCAACAAAACAAAGGAGAUGAUCGUGGACUUCAGGAGACAGCAGAAGGAGCACGCCCAUAUCCACAUCGAUGGGGCCGCAGUGGAGAAGGUGAAAAGCUUCAAGUUCCUCGGCGUACACAUCACUAACAAUCAGAAAUGGUCCACCCACACAGACAGUGUGUUGAAGAAGGCGCAACAGUGCCUCUUCAACCUCAGGAGGCUGAAGAAAUUCGGAUUGGCCCCUAAGACCCUCAGAAACGUUUACAGAUGCACCAUUGAGAGCAUCCUGUCAGGCUGUAUCACCUCCUGGUACGGCAGUUGCACCGCCCGCAACCGCAGGGCUCUCCAGAGGGUGGUGCGUUCUGCCCAUCACCGGGGGCACUGAGCAAAUUGAUCUCAAAAUAAAUGCAUCUACUCAGGACCACAGCUGUAAACACAGUCCAGUUCAAAGUGAACGGCCCAUAUAUGGCAACGGUCCAUUUACACAUAGGCCUACUGCAGCUCUGAUUGGUUAUGGGGCACCAGUCUGUGUAGAGUACGUGCUGAGUCCUGCACUAUAGUAUCCUACUCCGAUGCGUUCGGCCUACAACAAAAUCUCUUGCAUAGUUCGUUUUGUUUCAGUAUGUUGCAUUGAAAAGUGGCUAGUAUUGCGUUGAUUCGAUCACAAUUCCCUCAGUAAAGGGAGACGUUGAUAGUGUUAACUAACAGGGAAGAUUCUAGGAAGUUGAGUGAAGUUCAAUCUCCUGCUUCUCUCACGGGCUGAUAUUUAUUCUGCGCUCUGCAGCGGCAGUCUCGGGCAAGCAGCUUAGAGGUUACAUUGUGCCCAGCCCUAACACACACACACACACACACACACACACACGCACACACACACACACACACACACACACACACACACACACACACACACACACACACACACACACACCCUCUUACAGCUGUAUCUACUGAGCAGCAGACAGAUAUUAAACCAACAUAGUGUCUUGUUAACUACACCUCUCUGCCCAUUUCUCUGUACACUGAUCUGUGCAGUAACUGAUCCUCUGUACCUCUUUAUGGUAAAAACAACCUUCUGUGAUUAUCUGAACUUUCUGUGAUUGGUAAUGUCAACCUUCUGUGAUUAUCUGAACUUUCUGUGAUUGGUAAUGUCAACCUUCUGUGAUUAUCUCAACAUUCUGUGAUUGGUAAUGUCAACCUUCUGUGAUUAUUAAUGUCAACCUUCUGUGAUUGGUAAUGUCAACCUUCUGUGAUUAUUAAUGUCAACCUUCUGUGAUUGUCUCUCAGGAAGUUCUGGCCUGUUUCCGUGUCUGUGUUGGGAGAGAAGCAGCAGGUGGGUUCUAGAUCUCUACUCUCUCCUUAUGUGACAGGUCUCUCCUGCAUCUCUCCAGUCUUCUUAACCAUCUCUUAGAAUCGCUCUUGCAUUAAACCCAUAUGUAACUCUUGCUGUACUUUGUAACCUUUGUCCUCAUGCAGUUGAACCUCUUUAGCUCUUCUAGGAAAUCUGUGAUCCUUGAUCCCCCGAGGAAGCUUGAUCCCCCAGGGAAGCUUGAUCCCCCGGGGAAGCUUGAUCCCCCGGGGAAGCUUGAUCCCCCGGGGAAGCUUGAUACCCCGAGGAAGCUUGAUCCCCGGGGAAGCUUGAGCCCCCGGGGAAGCUUGAUACCCAGGGGAAGCUUGAUAACCGGGGAAAGCUUGAUUUACCCCGAAGGAAGCUUGAUCCCCCGGGGAAGGAGAGUGAUCCCCCGGGGAAGCUUGAUACCACAGGGAAGCUUGAGCCCCCGGGGAAGCUGAUUGUCAUGCAGAAUUAAUACCAAACAAACCAUGUACUGUGUACUACAGGGGAUGUGUAUGUAGCUCCCGUAGAGUGGCGCAGUGGCUAAGGCUCUGCAUCGCAGUGCUAGCUGUGCCCACUAAGAGUCCUGGUUCAUUCCAGGCGGCUGUCGUUAGCCGCCGCCGGACCCGGGAAGUGGAGGGAAUGGCCGGCAGGGAUGUAGCUCAGUUGGUAGAGCAUGGCAUUUGCAAUGGCAGGGUUGUGGGUUUGUUUCCCACGGGGGGCCAGUAUAAAAAAGUCGCUCUGGAUAAGAGCGUCUGCUAAAUGACGUAAAUGUUAUUGUACCCUAUUUUCCCCCAGAGGUUGACCUUUCCCCCUCUUGAUAUUUCAUUUUCCACUUGAUAAAUGCCUGUUACUCAAACCUCCGAUGUAUUUCUGCGAUUAGGUCCUUCCCAGCACCAAAGAUGCUUGCUUUGCUUCUGCAGUGGAGACCUUACAACAGAUCAGGUAAGGGACGCUCCAGUGUGAUGUAUUACAGUUGAUCCGGUCAUAUCCCUUAGGCCAGGACGCUCCAGUGUGAUGUAUUACAGUUGAUCUGGUCAUAUCCCUUAGGCCAGGACGCUCCAGUGUGAUGUAUUACAGUUGAUCUGGACCCUUAUUUCCUUAAUAGGGAUAUAUAUAUAUAUAUAUAUACUUUCACAAUUUUGAAGGCAGAUAUAGUAUUGUAUCUUGUAUAAGUCUUCUCUGUCUCCUUGUGUGUGUUUGUUUGUUUACCCCUCGCAGCACCACCUUCACCCCGUCAGACAAGCUGCAGGUGAUCCAGCGUACCUUUGAGGAGCUGACCCAGGAAGUACAUGCCCUGCUAGAGGGGAACUUCCUGUUUUCCAUGGACGACCUCUUCCCUCUCUUCCUCUACGUCGUGCUUAGAGCACGGUAAGGUGGCAUCACUACUGACGACAGGUGGCAUCACUACUGACGACAGGUGGCAUCACUACUGACGACAGGUGGCAUCACUACUGACGACAGGUGGCAUCACUACUGACGACAGGUGGCAUCACUACUGACGACAGGUGGCAUCACUACUGACGACAGGUGGCAUCACUACUGACGACAGGUGGCAUCACUACUGACGACAGGUGGCAUCACUACUGACGACAGGUGGCAUCACUACUGACGACAGGUGGCAUCACUACUGACGACAGGUGGCAUCACUACUGACGACAGGUGGCAUCACUACUGACGACAGGUGGCAUCACUACUGACGACAGGUGGCAUCACUACUGACGACAGGUGGCAUCACUACUGACGACAGGUGGCAUCACUACUGACGACAGGUGGCAUCACUACUGACGACAGGUGGCAUCACUACUGACGACAGGUGGCAUCACUACUGACGACAGGUGGCAUCACUACUGACGACAGGUGGCAUCACUACUGACGACAGGUGGCAUCACUACUGACGACAGGUGGCAUCACUACUGACGAACAGGUGGCAUCACUACUGACGACAGGUGGCAUCACUACUGACGACAGGUGGCAUCGAUACUGACGACAGGUGGCAUCACUACUGACGACAGGUGGCAUCACUACUGACGACAGGUGGCAUCACUACUGACGACAGGUGGCAUCACUACUGACGACAGGUGGCAUCACUACUGGCGACAGGUGGCAUCACUACUGACGACAGGUGGCAUCACUACUGACGACAGGUGGCAUCACUACUGACGACAGGGUGCAGAGACAAAAUUGUUAUGUUUUAAAGCUAGUUUCCUGCAAUUCUACACAUUUCGCCAUGGGGCUAGUUGCCAUGGGGCUAGUUGCCAUGGGGUUAGUUGCCAUGGGUUAUGUUAUGUUCUUAUGCUAUCUGAGUGACUCAAAUAUUAUAACAAAAUCAAUUAUAACAAACAAUACCAUGACUGUCUAGUUUUUUAUUUUGGUGGUUGUUAGUUCUCAAAGAAAAUGUAUAGCUCCAUUAUCUUCUCUACAGACUUUAUAGCUGGUUUUAGUGUGUACUUCAUUUAAAGAUUUUGUGGCGGCCACGAUAAUGCAUAUAGGGUAAACACUGACUCUAUUCCCUAUAUAGUGCACUACAUUUGACCAGAGCCCAAUGGGGGACAUUUCCUUUGUCCCUGUUCUAGGAUGAGGAAUCUGGCUGCUGAGGUGAGUCUUAUAGAAGACCUAAUGGACCCCUCUCUGCAGAACGGAGAACUGGGACACAUGUUCAUCACACUCAAGGUAACACUCUGUACUUUUAGACAGCUGAAGCAAGCAAACACAUUUUCUUCAAGAACAUUUAUUUUUCUAGUUUGGGAUGUUUUGAUUUAUUGAUUAGCGUUUCUAAAUGUGUUAUAAGGAUCCCAUUGAUUGAUCUAUUUUCUUGGCAUGUCCUUGUCCAGGCUUGCUGUUUUCAGAUCCAGCAGGAGAAGACCACGUAGGGAAGGAAGUGUACUGCCUUCUACAACGGAGGUCGACCGGGGCGGACCCACUUUCCAUCCCGUCGACUCCAGAUGACCAGAUAGUCAGUCUGGCGAUUGAUCAUCCUGGGCUAAAGACAUUUACAUUUUUUUACUAUUAUUUAUACAGGGAAGUCCCAUUUGAGACCGAAGCCCUGCUUCACAAAAAGUAGCAAAACAAUACAAAGUACACAAUAAGGAAUUAGUGAAACAAUUUUAACAAUCAAAGGCCGGAGCAUGAGAAAUAAAUUAGAAAAAUUUAUUUAAGAGAUGCAGUGAAAAGGGAGUUCUAGACUUCAGGUGCUGCUGCCUCAUGACAAAGGGAACUUUCAUGCACCCUGACUAGAUUUUAUCCUGACUAGCUUUUAUCCUGACUAGAUUUUAUCCUGACUAGCUUUUAUCCUGACUCGAUUUUAUCCUGACUAGCUUUUAUCCUGACUAGCUUUUAUCCUGA